AUGCCCGAGUACGACACGGGCUACGGAGGGAGGUUCGGCGCGGCGAAGUUGAUUGCGGAGAGCAUGGCGGAGCGUCACGAUGCCUCCUCGAUGACCGUGACGAAACCGCCGGGAGGAUGUCGCAGGGUCGUUAUCCCUACCGCCUUGCAGCCGGGUAAAAAUGUCGAUGUGACCAUGGCGGAUGCGUAUCCGAGGCACAAGUCGGGUUCGAUCAAAUUGGAGGAAGAGGAGACCCUUGACCUCUCCGGUACCAGCGCCGAGAAGGUGAAGCUCCGGUACCCGUCCAAGACGAAGAACUUCGCUACCCAUGCCAGCGAAGAUGGCAAGUUAUUCGCCGCUCUGCGUGCGGUGGAGAAAGCGACCAGCUCUAGGAAGCAGCAUGAGCCUGCUAACAAGAAGAACAUCGUCUCGGUACCAUCUCCUCGGCAUCAGAGCGCCUCCAACCCGACAACCAUGUCUUACCACGCCGCUCUCCACCCUUCCACUACCCAACCAAAGCACGCCGAGAGCACUCAUCUUCGCACCUGGGAUUCUUUCCACGCGGACGGAACGCAGAAGAACUUCCCAUGGGACCCGCUAUCCUCCCUCGCUCGCCCGUCUCUUCCUCCUCCAUACGCCACCGACGAGCAGCAAGAGGUCCAUGUAACCCUUCAAGCCCUACGCCAAGUCCUGAACUCCGCCGGGGACUUGUUCGCGAGUGCAGCGUACACGACCUGCCUAAUGGAGGUGUCGAGAGCGAUGACGUUGGUGUGUGGUUUUGUUGUGGCGCGAGAGAGUAGCGCGUGCCGGGGGCAGAAGGAGGGCGUAGAUGGCUUUGGGGCGGCAUGGGAUGGGGAGGAGGUAGGCGUGGGAGGUAGCGGUGGGGAGACAGAGGGUCGUGAUCAAGAGGAUGUGGAGAGGGACGGUCAAGGGGGUUGGGAAGAUGACGGUCACGACGAGGACGAGGAUGAAGCGGUGUGGGAGGGGGAGGAUGAAGGGGAGUGGGAGGAUGAGGAUUGA